UCGUUUUUCCCGGUGGUGUUUGCGGCGGCAGUAGAGUAGCGGUGGGUUGCGGGUUUGCGUUGUACUGGACUUUUGAGCAACCAAACGUUUUAAGGAUUGCUUGUGUUGGCCAAUCGAUAGGGAAGUUUAGAAGCCUUCGAUCAAAGAUACAAGCAACAUGUUUAAAAAGUUUGAUGAAAAGGAGCACGUGUCCGGCAUAACGCAGCUUAAGUCGUCCGUACAGAAGGCCAUAAAGGGCAGAAUCCUGGAACAGUUUCCUCUGUCUGAAGACUACAUCAACCAGAUACUCCCAAAGAAAGAUUUACUCCGGACCGUCAAGUGCCAUGAUCACAUAGAGAUCCUCAUCAAUGGGUCCGGAGAGCUGCUGUUCUUCAGGCAACGCGAGGGGCCGUACUUUCCCACCCUGCGGCUACUACACAAGUACCCCUUCCUGUGCCCCUGGCUACAGGUGGACAAAGGAGCCAUCCGGUUUGUGCUCAGUGGUGCGAACAUUAUGUGCCCGGGUCUCACCUCACCUGGUGCCAAAAUGACCCGUGUCCCCAAGGGAACAGUCGUCGCAAUCAUGGCCGAAGGCAAGCAGCACUCCUUGGCUGUUGGCUUUACAACGAUGUCUACGGACGACAUAGCGAGCAUCAACAAGGGCAUCGGUGUGGAGAACGUGCACUACCUCAACGACGGCCUGUGGCACAUGAAACCGGUCAAAUAGCGACAAUAAAAAAAUUAGACGAGUU